AUGACGGCCAAGUUGGCACAGCUGGACUUCUACGGCACUGGACUUGUCGUUCCAGGCUCGGUCUCUUUAAUACUGGCUUUGCAGUGGGGAGGUUCGGUGUUCGCCUGGAACGACAGAAAGAUCAUUGCUCUUUUGGUGCUUUCCGUUACGUUGUUCGUCGGAUUCAUCUUGGUCCAGACAUUUCUGCCAAAGACCGCGACGAUCCCCCCUAGAAUAUUCAAGCAGCGAAGCAUUCUCGCCGGUUUCUUAUCGACAAUCUGUGCCAUCCAAGGGGUCUCGGCAGUGGAAUCCGGGAUCCGCUUCCUUCCCUUAGUUCUCUCCAUGGUAGUCGCGAUGCUGACAGCGGGUGCUUUGAUCCGCCGCAUAGGCUACUACACACCUGUGAUGAUAUUUGGCCUCUGCUUGAUGGCCAUAGGUGCUGGUUUGAUGUACACUCUCCAGGUCGACACUGGCAGUCCACAGUGGAUCGGUUAUCAAAUCAUAUAUGGCAUCGGCGCGGGAUCCGCGACUCAAGUACCAAAUAUUGCAGCACAGACGGUUUUACCAAAACCCGACGUCCCGGUUGGUGUUUCCCUAAUGUACUUUGGCAACUUCAUGGGCAGUGCCAUACUCCUCUCCGUUGCGCAAAACAUUCUCAAUAGUCAGCUUCUAUACCGCCUUUCAGCCAUUCCUAGCAUCAACCCCGAGACGGUUCUGAAUAACGGCGUUACGUCCCUGACUGAUCUACCUACAUCAAUCAGGAUGACGGUCUUGGUAGCAUACAACGAGGCCAUUCGGCACGUGUUUCUAGUGGCUUUGAUUCUUGUAUGCAUGUCCAUGCUGGGCGCUUUGAGUCUAGAGUGGCGAAGUACGAAGGAGGCACACGGCCAGGAGAAAGUCCAUACUAAGACUGCAGCGUAG